UUGCUUGUGCCAUGCGCACUGGCGCUUGUUGUUGUGGAGGUGGAUGUUGUUAUGGCUGUGAUGGCUGAAACAGGCCCCGGAGUAAACUGAAAGGUCCCCGGUCAGAUUGUCUCCAUUACGGGGCAACGUCGCUCAUGGACGGCACGGACAUGGAUGUGGAUGCAGAGCUGAUGCAGAAGUUCAGCUGCAUGGGCACCACUGACAAGGACGUCCUGAUCACGGAGUUUCAGAGGCUGCUGGGCUUCCAGCUCAACCCCGCCGGAUGCGCCUUCUUCCUGGACAUGACCAACUGGAAUCUACAGGCUGCCAUUGGUGCAUACUAUGACUUUGAAAGUCCCAACAUAAUUACUCCAUCCAUGUCCUUUGUUGAAGAUGUGACAAUUGGAGAGGGAGAGUCAGUUCCACCAGAUACACCCUUCACAAAGACGUGGAGGAUACAAAACCCAGGUGCUGAGUCUUGGCCUCCUGGAGUCAGCCUUAAGUACAUUGGUGGGGAUCAAUUUGGGCAUGUUAACACAGUUAUGGUCAAGUCUUUAGACCCCCAAGAAGUUACAGAUGUAAGUGUCCAAAUGAGGAGUCCUACAGCCCCUGGGAUGUACCAAGGCCAGUGGAGAAUGUGUACAGGAACAGGAUUAUUUUAUGGUGAUAUCAUUUGGGUAAUACUCACUGUAGAAAUUGGUGGUCUCCUUGGUGUGACUCAGCAGCUAUCGUCCUUUGAGACUGAAUUCAACACCCAACCCCAGCGCAGGGUUCAAGGAGACUUCAACCCUUUUGCUUCACCACAAAAGAAUAAGCAUGAUGCCACUGACAGCAGUUUCACGGACCCUGGAGGAGCCUGGGAACAUACAGAAGAUCAAAAUGGACUGUCUCAUAAUGCUUUAAAUAGGACGUCAAAUGGUCUUCAAACCAAUCUUUCUGUGAUGACAUUUGGACAGGGCAUUCAUGGACCCUAUCCGUUUGGACAGAGCUAGAAACACAAGGACCUCCCCUUCAACCAUGUAAAAAGCAUUGCAUCCUGUGAGUCCUCACACACAGGAGUGAAGAGGGAGGAAUAGUUGUUUUCUAUUAACUCUCGCCAGUCCUCUCCCUAAGCCAUGGCCCUUUCCACAGAAACACAAACUUGUGAGGUGUUGGAUUACGUCUGCUUCAGUGUCAAUUCAACAUCCCACCUGGAUUUGCAUGUGUGAAUGCUCCAUUAAAGCCCUUUACAAACAUUCACAGGCACAUGGAGCCCAGCCGGCUUAUUUGAGGAGCGCCUUGUUAACCCCCUCUCCAUUUUAUCAACCUGUUGGUCUGUGGCCACCCAAGCGUUCAAAAUCCUGUGUGUUUCACAUUGAUUGGUGUAGUCAAGUUACUUUUUGGAUCAAAAACGCGUAUCAGUGAUUACGCUAAUUUUAAGGGGUGAAGGACUUGACUCAUUUAUUUGUUUGGUUUGAGUUGUUCACAGACUCACUAAUUAUUCAUCAAACUCCUCAUUCAACCCUUCCUUCUGUGACAGACUUGCUCCUCUCUUGUUCAAAUGCAAACUAGUCACUUACUCCUGACUUUUUACAUGUUUUGCAGAAGGCAGGAGAAAAGAAUGAGAUGAGCCAAGGGUGCUGCUUUACAACAUAAAUAUAAAAACAUGACUGUGCAUAGAAUGCUAAACCACUAAACACAAAAUCAUUUGGUCUCACAAGGAAACUAAAACGUAUUUAACUUUUAAGGCCUUAAACUUGAUUUGAUCUAUUGGUUUUAAAUAAACAGCCUUAAGGAUGUGAUCAGGGACUGAGCUAGUGUUUCCCCCAGUAUGUAUUACUGAAGUGUGCGGUACUGUCGACAAAUAGAAAAUCAGGUCUUGACUCAUUAAAUAAAAACAGAUGAUUAUGUGUGUUGUCUCCUUUGAAGGGGAACUGCAGAAAUACAAUACACUCGACUGACUAGAGUAGCUAUGCUUAAAAAUGAACUAUUGUAAUGGUAGCUCACUGGCUUGUCUCCAUGGAGAAGUUACUGCUUUGGCUGGAAUGUUCCACAUGACAGCAUUACAUUUAAUCUUGCAUUAAUUGAGGUAUGUAAAUUGCAUUUAAAAAAAAAAAGUUUUCUCAGUAUGAUCAUGCUUGUCUUCAUACUGUGGGAUUUAUAAGACAAUAACAUGUCCAUGGAGAUAAGCAGGUAGCUUACCCUCCUCCAGAAAAGUCUGAGACGGACUGUUGUAAGUGCAUUGUAACAUGACAAUAUUCCUGAUUUUGGAGUUUGAUGUCUGUAGCAUCUGAGUCCCUGUAAACUAGAUCAUCUGUGAAGAGUUGUAUCAUUUUUUAAAAACUUGUAUAAAAUGAUGUGUGUUUCUUGGGAAAGGGAUGACAAUUUUGUUUUGAAGCUUUAUGACCCACGUACCUCUGAAAGUAUUGUUGAGGGAUUCUUCAUAGGUUACUUACUACAUUGCCCUAGUGUCUGUGCACUGCAUACAAGUUGCCCAAUGACAGCCAGCAGGUGGUGCUAAAAUGUCCCACACAAACUUUACUUGACAUCAUGCUGACUACUUUGUAAAAUAAGAUUUCUGUCAGUUUGAGGUUGGAUGAGUAGCACUGAUGUUCUGUUACUGCUAUUUGCACAAUGCAGGUGAGUUGAGUUUUGGCUGAUGGUGGAUUGUAAUACCAGCAUCUUGAAAGGCUGAAUGUGUAUUGGCUCUGUUCAAAAGUCUAUUUUUGCAGCGUAAAUGUUUUGUUUUUUUAUUAUUCUUAUUAUUAUGAACACUUGCUGUUUGCAGAUCCCAGGGUGGUUGCUUUUCCAAUUCCACAGUUGGAUUUCAUUGGGUUUUAAGAUGAAAAUAAAAUGUCAGCAUUCUAACAUUUUGUAAUAUUUUUUUUACUUUUAAGUUCACAAUAUUAGCAACUUUUACAUCUGGAUAUAAUUGCGUUCUCUAUGUUGUCUUUAAAGUAUUAUUCAUAUCUUCCAUAUUUUUAUUAGGCAGCUCAUUGUGUUUUGUGCAUACUGCUCUGCAGCGCCUCUUCAUUCAUGUCAGGUGUUUUUAAUAAUCUUUUUUUUCUUGACACAAGUGAGUUUGCUGGUUUGAGUGAGACUGUAAGAGCCACCUGAGGUGAAAAUAUAAGCAAUGCUGGGUACAUUAUGUGGGUUGAAUGUUUGUGAUGUUACAAAUAAACUGAAAUUGUCAGUG